UUGAGACGGUCAGUGUCAUUUAUACGUUAAAUAUAUUGGCGUCAACAUGGUUAGGGCUCGGAAAUACGUAGUGAAGAAGAAAUUUGAUGGUGUACCGAAACGAGAUGAUUAUGAAAUUGUUGAAUACGAAUUACCGCCAAUACAAAAUGGCGAUAUUUUGGUGAAAACUGAGUGGAUAAGUGUGGACCCUUACCAGCGUGCAUACCAUGACAGAUAUCCAAUUCCCUACGAUCAGUUUGGAUUUCAAGUUGGGAUCGUAGAAGAUUCCAAGAAUCCCAAAUUCCCCGUCGGAACGAGGAUUGUUUCCCAUAGGGGAUGGUGUGAUUAUAGCAUUAUCAACUUAAAUGAUGGUAAUAAAACGUCUUUUGAUAUCACUUACAAGCUACCCGAUUUAAAAGGUCUUCCGAUAUCUCACGCUAUCGGGGCCGUUGGUAUGGUUGGAGCUACAGCUUAUUUUGGUUUCCUCGAAAUCUGUAAGCCUAAGGCUGGAGAAACUGUUGUGGUCACUGGAGCCGCGGGGGGAGUGGGUUCGUUAGUGGGACAAAUCGCUAAAAUAAAAGGAUGCAAAGUCAUCGGCUUCGCUGGAACAGAUGAUAAGGUACAAUGGUUAGAAAAGGAAUUAGGAUUCGACAAAGCCUUUAAUUACAAGACAGUUGAUGCCAGAAAGGCUCUUAAAGAAGCCGCUCCGAAUGGCAUAGAUUGCUACUUCGACAAUGUAGGCGGCGAAUUGAGCAGCAUUAUCAUGAAUCAAAUGAAUAACUUCGGUAGAGUUUCUGUCUGUGGAAGUAUAAGUGUAUAUAAUGAAGAUUUUAGCCAAUUGCCUAAAGCUCCUAUUGUACAAGUCGAUAUUGUUAUGAAGCAAUUAAAGGUCGAGGGAUUCCUUGUACCGAGAUGGUUGAACCGUUUUCCCGAGGCUUUUUCUGAUAUUGUAAACUGGAUCCAAUCUGGACAAUUAAAGGCGAAGGAGCAUGUGACAGAGGGUUUUGAAAAUAUAUUUGACACAUUUGUCGCCAUGUUAUCCGGUGAAAAUACCGGUAAGGCUGUCGUUAAACUGUAAUUACUUAAUGUUUUAUUAAAACAUAAUACCGUUUAUUAAAAAUUUCGUUAUUUUUAUAUAUUUUUCGUACUCGCUAAGAAGAUUAUCUUUAACUUAAUCAGAUAAAACAUGCCUAUAGUAUUAUCUGGAUUAAUAUCAGCAAGUCACUUAAAUAUUAUCAAAAAUAUCUGUGACAAACAUGUGGCUACUCAUGGUACAUGGUACAUGGUACAUGGUCUACAGAUUAAAAACUAGCAAUGAACAAUUUUAUUCUCUAGUUGGA